UUUUAACUUUGUACUCUUUUCUCUUACUGAACUCUUGUCGAACACAUUACAAACACUCACUCUCUGUUCUUUAUAGUGAUGGCCAGCGGCAAUAGAGAUGAUGCUCUUUCCUUCAUGAUCAAUCCCCUCACGUCUUCGUCGUCUCCGGUGGCAGUAUCCGACCCGGAUAGUUACCUUCUAGACAGCUCUCAGAUUGGGAGCGCUUCCGGGAGCUUCCAGAACGAGGGUUUUCUCGGCGGCCUCGAUGCUGCCGGCGGUGGGGACGCCGAGUUCGGUUUCUCCCGCCCAGAUUUCCGGCAGAGCCCGCUGGUUGGCACCGUGGAGUUCUAUGAGCGCCACGUGUUCCUCUGCUACAAGAACCCUCAGGUCUGGCCUCCCCAUAUUGAGGCCACUGAGUUUGAUCGCUUGCCCAGGCUUCUUGCUGCUGCACUCGCUGCUCGCAAGACUGAUAUAAAACGACAGACCCGCUUGACAAUAUGUGAAGGACGUGAUGGUACUGAGACAUCGAAUGGGGAUGUGCUGAUCUUUCCGGACAUGAUCAGAUACAGGAGGUUGACUCAUUUUGAUGUGGAUACAUUUGUUGAGGAGGUACUUGUGAAGGAUAGCGAAUGGUUGCCUGGAACUCCAGAAGCUCUUAGGGGCUGGUAUAUUUUUGUGUGCUGUCAUGGUACAAGGGAUCGUCGGUGUGGCUAUUGUGGACCACCUAUAGUUAAUAGAUUUAAAGAGGAGAUAGAGUUGCGUGGUCUUAAAGGUAAAGUGUCUGUUAGCCCAUGCUCACAUAUUGGUGGCCACAAGUAUGCUGGAAAUUGCAUCUUAUUUGGGCCUAGAUGUAGCAAGGAAGUCACUGGGCAUUGGUAUGGGUAUGUAUCUCCAGAUGAUGUACCUGUCUUGCUUGAGCAGCAUAUUGGAAAAGGAAAAAUUGUUGAUUAUUUGUGGAGGGGACAGAUGGGACUAUCAGAAGAUGACCAAGAAAAGUCCCAGAGGCUGAGGCUCCAAGUUAAUGGCAGUUCCUAUGUUGAAAGAGGAACCCAAUGCUGCCAGUCAAAUGGAAGCUUUGCUUGCUGUCAGAAAACUCCAUUAUCAGAGCAGAGAAUCAAUUCCGAUCAUGACGAUGAGGCAGCAAAUUUUAUGUUUGAAAGUAAAAAUAGCUUGAGGAAGCAAAAUUCCCGAAAUAAGGGCAGGAAUGGGUCUCACACGCGCAAAACUUGCUCUGUGCCUACAUGGAGUGAAACCUGGGAACGUGAAGAUACAUAUGCAGUUCUUGCUGUUAUUGGCGCUGUUGCAUCAGUUGCAUUUGCAUACAACUGCUACAAACAGCUGAAGUAAUAUGUGUGCUGACUCUAGUUCUAGUGUGUCAUAUCAUUAUGUAUCGAUAGGAAAUCUUAGUUGUGGUGUAGAUUGAAGUUGGUGCUACAGAAAGCACCUAUGGAAGAUGAUGCUUUGUCUAAAGAACAUCCCAGUUUGUAAAUUUAGACAUUGUUUCGCGUACAAUACCUGUAAUUUGACUACCAAGAACAUGAAUCUAAUCUAUGUUAUCCUAAAGCCUUGUGAAUAGCAUUCUCCAUAAAACUGGUUUUUCACCA